GAGAGUGCGCAGAAUCUGGGGGCGUCGAACGCGCAGCCAUCUUGGUGUUUUGGGUGUAGUUGAAGGGUAUUAUAUCUGUGAUAAUCGGCCGGCACCGAAGCCCUGUGCGUUCGUCCGGAGUGUAUUUUAUGAUUUAAGAGGCCCCUCCUCGUCGCGAGAUAUUUAUUGCAGCUGAUUUCAGCCUCGUUGUUCACUCGUCGCCAGUGGGGCACAGGAGUCAGCGGCUUAGGAUGGCCAAUAAAGAUGAUGAAUACGAUUAUCUUUUCAAAGCUCUGGCACCAAGAUGCAGCCAGGAACCUGCUCGCAGGUGUGGCCAUGGUGAAACAGUGUGUGGAACUGUUAUCGCAACAUGAAACAUAUCUUCAUUGGCUGCUUCGUAACAGUUUCACGUCUUAAUGAGACUGUUUUAACCCUUUUCUGUCAAGAAAAUGGGCAAUGCAAGAAUGUUUUUAAUGGAUUCUGGAUGGACCGUGUCACAAGAUGUUGCCACAAUCACUGCUGUUUCCGGCUGCAUCUUUUCAUGUGGUCCUGAUAGGGGAUUCUGGUGUUGGCAAGAGCAACCUUCUUUCGAGGUUCACACGGAAUGAGUUCAACUUGGAGAGCAAGAGCACCAUUGGGGUGGAGUUUGCCACACGAUCGAUCCAGGUGGACAACAAGACAGUCAAAGCUCAGAUCUGGGACACAGCAGGCCAGGAACGCUACCGUGCCAUCACUAGCGCGUACUACAGGGGAGCUGUGGGUGCACUGUUGGUGUACGACAUAGCGAAGCAUCUGACCUACGAGAAUGUGGAGCGUUGGCUGAAGGAGCUGAAGGACCACGCUGACCAGAACAUAGUCAUCAUGCUUGUGGGCAACAAGAACGACCUUAGACACCUUCGGGCUGUGCCUACCGACGAAGCAAAGGCCUUUGCUGAGAAAAACAAGCUCUCGUUUAUUGAAACAUCUGCGUUAGACUCCACGAAUGUAGAAGCAGCGUUCCAUCAAAUAUUAACAGACAUCUACCACAUCGUGUCACAAAAGCAGAUAAGGAGUGAAGGGGACAAUGAUCCGUCUCCAUCUCGAGACAACAUCCCCAUCACUAUUGCUCCCACGGACCCGACGGACAACCGCAAGAAGUCGUGUGCCUGCCAGCAGUAGCAUGUUGGCUGCUGGAUACACCACUCGGCUGCGCAGGGCCCCUGUAAAGUAGGAGGGACAAGAGAAAAAAAGAAACGAGGAGGGCACAAGAGCACUCCUGCACUGUGGCCUUUUUCUUUUUCCACUUUUGUUCUUUCCAAACAAAAAAAAAAACUGCCCCUACGUUGCCCUCUGCCCUCUUGCUUUUUUUUUUAACAGUGCCCUAUUUCUCGAUUCAGUUUUUUUCUCUCGUUCAGAUGACCCCCCGCUACUGCCCCUCCCCUUACCCAUAUUUUUUUUACGAAGGAAUGGCUCAUUUUUGUAGCAUUGCUAUGUUUAGCACCAGCGUUGCUCUCGUUUAGAGAUCCUCAGUGUUGAACUGAAGCAGCAUUGCUCGUGAACUGUGCUACAGCGGGCCGAGCGUACUGGUGCAUUCAAGUCACCUGCUCAGUGUGGCCCUUCAGUUGUCUGAAGGGAGAUGUCAGAUCAUCUAGUGAAAGGUGCAAGCUAAUCUCUUUGUUUCUUUUUUUUUUUUUUUUUUUUUGAAGACCAGUCGGGAUUUUUUUCCGCCAUUCCUGAUGCUGCUGUAUGCUGUGAGAAUAAAGAGGACACUUGUUUAUUUAACACAGCUGCACUUCUGUCGCGAUAAUGUUGUGCUGAUACACUACAUGUGUAUUGGCUAGAAUUCAGUGGCUUAAGUUCACCUUUUCAGUGUAAGUUGCUUUUGAGGAGGGACAUCAGUGAUGGGCUCUAAAUUUAACCCUAGUGCAUUGUUUCUGGAUUCAGAGCUGCACGUCAAGCUGUUCUCCCCCUAAUUUAGCCUCGAAGUGAUUCAAAGUGCCAGGUAUUUUGUUGUGAAGGCGUGCUGAUGUCAUUGGUCCCUAACUACGCCUUAGCCCAAGCAAUCUUUCCAUUGGGUGUGUACUUGCAGCAGUAAAUUGCUGGAGGCUCCUCGCUUGGGUAGCCCUUUUUUUUUCCCUUUUUUUUACUCGGUUGUCAUAGGUGUUCUGUAUUCAGCAGUUGCUGUGACGGAUUGAGUGAGCGAGAAAACGUUUUGUGGAAAUGAUCAAUUUGUAUUUCGAUGACUGUACAAUGGAUGACGACAUUGGUUGCGUGGACGAUUUCUUGGAUGCCAUACGAGCGUGUGCGAGAGAGAGGAAUCUGCUAUGCAUCUGCGGUGCACCAGCGCUAACUGCCCCGGCCAACGGCCUCUGUUUUGCGCACGUUGCCCCAUAAGCAAGGGCUCUGGCAGUGAGCGCUGGUGUACGUGGAGGCCCUGUCAUCCCGUGUAUAUAUAUAUAAUUACCAAUAAAGUCCCCAAUGUCUUCGCUUA